GGUGAUGCAUGGCGAUGGAGAAGUGUGCUGACGGUUCGGUUGCAUGCUUGUUUUUGUGUUGUUGUUGUUGAAGGGCUGCUUGAGCUCAUUGCAUUGGAUUGGAAACAAUGUCCAUUUGCGCGAUAGCAGGCCCAUCUGAACGCUUCACACUCUACAAGCACACUUGGCCCCAUGUAACACUUGAUAACUUUUUGCUCGUUCAUUCCAUGUAAACCCAUUGGCAUAUAUCUGGGAAUGAACCACCCAUAUAUCAACUCAAAACUCUAGCAUCCAUACCGAUUUGGUGCAUACUCUGGCAACUUGCAAACUAGUGGUUAAAAUAGACCCUAACAUGACCCCAUUGGACACACGAUCAACUGUAUCCAUUGUCCGCCCACAUUUCAAAAAAUCCCAACUAGAACAGUUACUUGAUCAUAUCCACCUGAAAUAUAGGUUUCUCAUCAUAAACAUUUCUAGUGCGUAUCUGUUCCACUUUUGUAUUUUUCUACUGUCCUUUCCAAAAAACCCAAGCAAUGGGCCACGGCACCAGCAAGCCCGUCAAGGCUAGCACACCACCUCCUCCACAACCUCCACAAGAUCCCCGCCCAGGCCGCACCGUCCUCUCCACAGACCCCCCACAAAAGCCCAAGCAGUACGUUUCUGACGGACCACCUGGAUUCUUACCCUACGAUGAUAGAGAGGAAGAAGAACAAGAACGUGCGAACCGAGACCGCAAGGAACGAGAACGCUUGGAACGGGAACGUUUGGAACGAGAGCAAGUAGACAAGGAUCGACUGGAUAGAGCACGUAGGGAUAAAGAACAUUCAGAACGGAACAGAGAAAAAGACAAGAAUGUUAUGCCACCCUCCCGAACUCCUCAUCUUGCUGAUUCUACCACAUUUAUACCCCUCUCCCCAACACCCCGCCAUACCCACACCGACACAAAACCCAAAUUCGAUAAAGAAAAAUUCAAAAAAGCAAAUAAAGAUCCCCCUCCACAACAGGAAACAACCACAAUACCUCACCGUGACCCACUCUUUUUGGAUGAAAGUGAUGAGGAUUUCAUGGCAGAGAUUUUACGGGAAACGGAUUUUGUCGCCUUGGAUCGAGCUCGAGGUGUUGUCUAACCUUGUUUUUGUUUCUUGUUAUUAUAAAAACAGAAAGUUGAAAUGGUGCUCUAGUUAUGCAUGUCCCAAAAAC